CAAUUCAAUAUUUUAGUUUGUUCAAGUUUGAACGGUGUGCAGUGGAAGUCACAGGUUGUAGAGGAUGUUUAUCGCCUAACUUUUUCUCUGCCUCUUGCCAAUCCGUGGAAUGAUACUUAAUGCAAAAUAAUAGUAAUCUUUAAAGUGAUCUUCGCUGUUAUUAUUCCUGACGGGCGGAACCGUCAUCUCGUCUCCGAGAAGGUGGCAUUAAAUAACGAAUCUGGCGGCGUAACCGGCAUCCUUGUUCACCCGUUCGAUCGAUCAGUCGUUCGGUUAUUCGCAGAAUGGAAGCCUUGAUACCUGUUAUUAACAAACUGCAGGAUGUGUUCAAUACCGUUGGUGCCGAUGCUAUUCAACUGCCUCAAAUCGUUGUACUAGGCACUCAGAGUUCAGGAAAAUCCUCCGUUAUUGAAAGUCUGGUGGGGCGCUCCUUUCUGCCUCGAGGAACAGGAAUUGUGACGCGUCGACCGUUGGUCUUGCAACUCGUGUAUUCGCCAAAGGACGAUUGGGAGCAUCGAAGCGCCGAAGAAGGAACUCUCGAUCUUGACGAGUGGGGAACGUUCUUGCAUACUAAAAAUAGGGUUUACAAAGAUUUUGAUGACAUUCGCAGAGAGAUUGAAAAUGAGACAGAUCGCAUGGCUGGAACCAACAAAGGCAUCUGCCCGGAACCAAUCAAUCUAAAGAUUUAUUCAAAGAAUGUCGUCAAUUUAACAUUGAUCGACCUGCCAGGAAUUACCAAAGUGCCUGUCGGAGAUCAACCGGAAGACAUAGAAUCUCAGAUACGCCAGCUGGUACUUAAAUACAUAUGUAAUCCAAACUCAAUAAUUUUGGCAGUGGUCACUGCCAACACCGACAUGGCAACUAGCGAGAGCUUAAAACUCAGUAAAGAUGUCGAUCCCGAUGGAAGGCGAACUCUUGCCGUUGUCACUAAAUUAGAUCUUAUGGAUGCAGGAACCGAUGCCAUCGACAUCAUAUGCGGUCGAGUGAUCCCUGUUAAACUGGGAAUUAUUGGAGUGGUCAACCGUUCUCAGCAGGAUAUAAUAAACAAAAAGACUAUUCAAGAUUCGUUGAAGGACGAGGCGACAUUCUUGCAACGAAAGUAUCCCACCCUAGCUAAUAGGAAUGGAACACCCUAUUUGGCCAAAACAUUGAAUCGCUUACUAAUGCACCAUAUUCGAGAUUGUCUCCCAGACUUAAAGACUCGGGUCAACGUAAUGGUCUCGCAAUUCCAAACAUUAUUGAACUCGUACGGGGAAGAUGUCAGAGACAAGAGUCAGACUCUUCUUCAAAUCAUAACUAAGUUUGCCAGCAGUUAUUGUUCCACUAUCGAGGGCACUGCCAGGAAUAUCGAAACGACGGAGUUGUGCGGUGGAGCCAGAAUCUGCUACAUCUUCCAUGAGACAUUCGGUAGAACCUUGGAUUCCAUUCAUCCGUUGGCUGGGUUAACCAAAAUGGACAUAUUAACUGCGAUUAGAAACGCGACUGGACCCAGGCCCGCUCUCUUUGUUCCGGAGGUGUCCUUUGAAUUACUUGUAAAACGUCAAAUUCGAAGACUGGAAGAGCCCUCACUGAGAUGCGUGGAACUGGUGCAUGAGGAAAUGCAGCGAAUCAUCCAGCACUGUGGCACCGAAGUGCAACAGGAGAUGCUGCGCUUCCCAAAAUUGCAUGAACGCAUCGUCGAUGUUGUCACACAACUGCUUCGCAGACGUUUGCCGACGACUAAUCAAAUGGUGGAAAACCUAGUGGCCAUAGAAUUAGCUUAUAUUAACACCAAGCACCCUGAUUUUCAUAAAGACGCUGCAGUUGUGUCUUCGUUACUAAAAAAUGCCGAAGUGGAUCAACAGAAAGUUAACAGACGACACUUAUCAUCGGUACCGCCUGGUCCUAUAGAACAGAAUAGCACACCAAAGUCAAGUGGUAGUCGAGACGAGAUACCAAUAUUUCCGGAACACAAUAAAGACCAAUCGGGUGAUCCAAAGCAGCAACAAAAUCACUGGUUCCUGGGUAAUUUGCUGCCACAGGGAAGACUGGAGUCUACCAGUGGAUCCAUGAACGGCUCUCCGGUGAGAAAUCGUGACGAGAAUGUAUCUCCGAGUUCUAAUGACUUACAAAGGGGUUCACCUCAACAGAAGCCUGUAAAUCUACUGCCAGAAGUACCCACUCAAACUUCACGUAGACUCAGCGAUCGAGAACAGCGCGACUGCGACGUUAUUGAACGGCUGAUAAAAUCUUACUUCUACAUCGUACGCAAGUCGAUCCAGGACAGCGUGCCAAAAGCAGUAAUGCAUUUUCUAGUUAACUUUGUAAAAGAUAAUUUGCAAAGUGAACUGGUUACGCAUUUGUAUAAGUCGGACCACGUGGAGACGCUCUUGAACGAAAGCGAGCACAUAGCUGUUAGGCGUAAAGAAGCGGCAGAUAUGUUGAAGGCUUUGACACAAGCGGGCCACAUUAUCAGUGAGAUUCGAGAGACACAUAUGUGGUGACCCAUUCGUCCGACGAACGUUGAAUUGUUUAACGAGACGUCGAAGGCUAGUCGCAAAAUAGCUACCUGUGCAGACGCCACUGCAUCAGCUGCAUAACAGUCAGCCACUUGGUAAUCGCCAACGCUGUCCCGGUUGUCACGUCUGCAUUGACUGCGAUGUGAAAUUUCAUUGCAUCGGAUUAUGUGGUGAACCAUCUGCACAUUGACUGGGAAUUUAUUUUUAAUUGCGGAUCGUUCGUUAUCGCUUAUCGAUUACCUCAGCCACAUGUUAAUGCAUUCUCGAGUCACUGAAUCGUACGUCUUAACUGAAUCAGUUUACAGGCUCACAGAUGACUUAGAAAGAUGAUAAUCUUUCCUGUUACGGUUUUAAUUACGAUGUUUUAGACUAGACUUUUUGUAGCAUCUCCGAUCGAGAGGUAUAGAGCCGUUAUCGAAGCCUCUCUAUGAUUUUUAUAUUUGAAUAUUAUUAUUGGGUGGGAGGGAACUCGCACCUGUGUCCGCAAGUUAAGAUUUAACUUCAGUGAUUUGAGUGCGCGCCAACACCCUCAAAUGGGUAUAAGAGAGUAAUUUUAAGCGAUGUAUUUCUACCGACCCCCAGUGGCAUUUAGUGUGCAGCGUAUGGUUGUACGAUCUUUUGAUGCACAUUCACGAAGAGCACAUCAAAGUAUGCGGUGCAUGACAAAGUAAAUGUGUUAUUCUUGAAUUUGAGAACCGUGGUACCGCGUUGAACAAAUAUGAACCCAAGGCAGAA